UGUCUGGGAGUUGCAGGCCAAGAACAUCUGAGGCCCCAAGUUUGAGAACCACUUUUCUGCAUCAGUAUGUUCAGAGCUCCUUCCUCUUCUACACCAAAGGUUCCCUGUGUAUGUUUGUGAGGUAAACAUGUGCUUCAGAAUCCUGUGAGGGGAAGAAGAAGCUUGUGGGUCUCUGGAGCAAAGCAGCAGGAGGUGGAAGAGAGAGCAAUAAGACCAGCUCCCCUCUCCUUUGUGAUUAGCAACAGGGGCAGCAGAUCGAGUCUUCAGUAGGGGGGAUGAAGUCACUCCAGCUCUUGUUACCCAUCGUGGCCUGCUUGGUAGCAAAAGUCUAUGGCAAGAUCUUCAGUCGGUGUGAGCUGGCGUCAGUACUGAAACAGUGGGGAAUGGACGGGCGUCAGGGUUACGGCUUGGGUGAUUGGGUCUGCUUGGCGUACUUUGCAAGCACCUUCAACACAGCCACUGUGAUGCACAACGCCGACGGCACCUCGGAAUAUGGCAUCUUCCAACUGAACAGCCGCUCCUGGUGUGAUGACCAUCACAGUCAGUCUGAGAACUUCUGCAGCAUGUCUUGCAGUGAUUUGCUGACCAAUGACAUUGAGGAUGAUGUAAUCUGCCUCCAGAAGGCUACAGCCAAGGCAGGAGGCUUGAAAACCUGGAAUGGCUGGAGGGAUCAUUGUCGUGGCAAAAAUCUGAGUCACUGGCUUGCUCCCUGCCAUCUCUGAGUUCGUAGCACCAGACACGGAGUCUGUCUCCAGCGACCCAGCUUUUCUAAACCGGCCUGCUGCCUUCAGAUGGGAUCCCACCAUCGUGCAACUGGAUUCAAGUCAAAGCAUUAUUUAAGUGCAUAAAUAAAUGAGCAACCCAUCCGCUCCUUUUCCUAGACAUGAACAUUUAUAUGCCCUCUCACAUCUGUGAUGGGGACAGAACAGCCAUAAUCAGUGUCGGGGGUGGGGGGGAGAAGAUGACUCAUGCAUGAGAAUGGGUGAUACCUUUUGGGGUACACUCCCCCACCCCACUUAUUAGCCAUCUGUGGCAGGCUGGAGAGAAUGGUAGGAGGAGAGGAUGGACCAGAAAGAAAGAAGUGGAGCUAAUUUGUGGGGCAGCUCAGCUCUUCCAUUAGGGAAAACGGGCCACUGCCUCAUCUCAGCCUCUGACUCCCUUUCAUCCAUCCUGCCUCUUCCAAUGGCAGAAGGCCUCUCUCUCUUUGUCUACGAGUGCUUGUUUCCCUGUCCACUUGUGUGCCUCUUGGUAUGGACGUGUGCUUCUAAGCAAAUAGCUGCUCUCGCAUCUGACCACUGCCCACCGCACGGGGCACCAGCCGCUGCUGAUAGCUGGACAUGGCAGCCCUCAAGGGCUGGUCAGAGCUUGGAGUUAACCCAUUACAAAUAAUGGCACUGCCUGUU